CGAGGGCUUGCCCGCCCAGGGUAGGCUCCUCGGAGGAUUCUGGUGCUAAUCAGAUCCCCUUGUUCCCUCGGCCGAACAUGGUCGUCGAGCCGGCUUGCCCAGCUGCCUGAUGAGCCAGGAUUGGAGGACGGAGGAGGGGCCGAGGGCGGGCGUGCCGUUCUGUCCGCUUCCCCCCUCUCACCUUUUCACCAGCAACAAGCCACACCCCCCUUUCGCAUCCAUUCAGUACCCCCCAUCGCACUGGGUGCCGGUCCUGCUCCACGGCCAUUCCUCAUCCAGCUCGCGCAUUGAUAUUCCGAAGCCCUAAGGUACGGAUUCUGCUGGCGUCUCUUCCCGCUCGG